AGCUUUUCUUUCACACCCCAUCACUCCACUAGUAUCACCACCACCACCGCCACCAUCUCCUCCCUCCUCCGCCUCUCUCUCUCUCUAAAAGCUCACACGAAUGCGCUAAAUUCACUUUCUCUCUCUACACCUGAGUUGUUAAAGACAAGCUAAACAGAUCUCAGCAGUCAGCUCAGAGCUAACGCGCGCGCACAUACACACUCUCUCUCUAUAUGUGUGUGUGUAAUGUGCUUGUCUUCCUAGCAGAGCAAUGUGUUUGUCGUUCUAGAAGGCGCACCGAGUCGUGACUCGCCGAGUGACAUAGUUACGAUCUUGCAUCAGUAAUACUCUAUAAUGGACCGGAGGAGUUGGCCCUGGAAGAAGAAGUCUUCUGAUAAAGCAUCAGUUGAAAAAGCUGCAGUAGCUAUACUGGACUCAGCUGCGGCGACUACAGAUUCACAUGGAUCCCAGGGUGAUCAGGGAAAACAGGAUAACUGUAAGAAACCAAAAUAUGUGCAAAUAUCUGCGGAGUCGUAUUCACAUCUGACAGGAUUGGAGGAUGAGGUGAAGUCCUAUGAAGAACAGGUUAAGACGUUAGAUGAGGAGGUUAAGGAAUUGAACGAGAAGCUGUCUGCAGCAGAAGCUGAAAUCACUAAUAAGGAGAACCUGGUGAAGCAACACGCUAAAGUUGCUGAAGAUGCUGUCUCAGGUUGGGAAAAGGCGGAGUCAGAAGCUGCUGCGCUGAAAAAUCAUCUGGAAUCUGUCACUCUGUUAAAACUUACUGCUGAAGACCGAGCUUCGCACUUGGAUGGUGCACUUAAGGAGUGCAUGCGUCAGAUACGGAAUCUGAAGGAAGAACAUGAACAGAAACUGCAUGAUGUUGUUCUUAACAAAACAAAACAGUUUGACAAGAUGAAGCAUGAGCUAGAAGCAAAGAUAGCUAAUUUAGACCAAGAAUUACUGAGGUCUGCAGCUGAAAAUUCUGCACUUUCAAGAUCUUUGCAAGAGCGUUCCAACAUGGUGAUUAAGCUUAGUGAAGAAAAAUCCAGAGCUGAAGGAGAAAUUGAACUUCUGAGGAGUAAUAUUGAAUCGUGUCAGAAGGAGAUAAAUUCACUCAAAUAUGAACUUCAUAUUGCUGCAAAGGAACUGGAAAUCCGAAAUGAGGAAAAAAAUAUGAGUGUGCGGUCUGCAGAAGUUGCAAACAAGCAGCACCUGGAAGGAGUCAAAAAGAUUGCAAAACUGGAAGCAGAGUGUCAAAGAUUACGUGGGUUGGUUAGAAAGAAGUUACCUGGCCCUGCUGCACUUGCCCAGAUGAAGCUUGAAGUUGAGCACUUAGGCCGUGAUUAUGGAGAAACUCGAUUGAGGAAGUCUCCAGGAAAGCCAUCCAGCCCACACCUAUCCACUAUGCCUGAUUUUCCGUUUGACAGUAUGCAGAAAUACCAAAAAGAGAAUGAGCUUCUAACAGAACGCCUUUUGUCAAUUGAAGAGGAGACAAAAAUGUUAAAAGAAGCUUUGGCAACGCGUAACAGUGAAUUACAAGCUUCCAGGAGUACUUGUGCACAGGCUAUCAGUAAACUUCAAAGUUUGGAAGCACAGUUGCAAGUGAAUGGUGACCAGAAAAGUCCUCCAAAGUCCAACAUUCAUAUCCCUAAGGUGGGUUCCUUCAACCAAAUUGCAAGUAGUCCAAGCUUCACCUCUGUGUCUGAAGAUGGAAAUGAUGAUAAUAUAAGUUGUACAGGGUCCUGGGCUACAGCAGUGAUAUCAGGACCCACUCAUCCCAAGAAGGAAAUGAACUUUGACAGUCCACAUAAGUCUGAAAAUGCAAAUCGUUUGGAUCUUAUGGACGACUUCUUGGAGAUGGAGAAAUUAGCAUGUCUUCCACCUGAUAUAAAUGGAAGACUUUCAAAUUCAGACCAUACUGGGUCUGAAAUUGAGAGGACUGAUGCCCCAUCCGAAGUCAAGCUGGGUUUGACACCUAAUCAUCAAGAAGUUUGUGAACCAUCCGCACUUAUGAAACUCCAGUCCAAAAUUUCUGCAGUAUUUGAGUCAAAUACUGAGAAAGUCGACUUGCAAAAGGUCUUGGAUGAUAUCAGGGAUAUUUUGCAGGAAAUGCAAGAUCAUAUUAAGCCCCAGUCUGCAACAUGUGCUGUAGAGGCUUUGCAUCCUUCUGAUGCUUUAAGGGAACAUCAGCCAUGUCUUGAGGAUCCUGAUGCAACUACAGAAAAAGAAAUUUCAGUUUCUCAAGACAGUAACUUGAGCACCGUGGUAGUUCAUACUAUUAACCAGGAAUUAAUGGAUGCUGUGUCUCAGAUUCAUGACUUUGUAAUGUUCCUGGGCAAAGAGGCUAAGGCUGUGCAGAGUACUUCCCUGGAUGGAGAUAAACUACAUUUAAAAUUGGAGGAGUUUGCCUCAACGUAUGCAGAAGUUGUCAACUGCAGGAUAAGUCUUGAAACAUUUGUUCUUGAUCUCUCUCAUGUGCUUAAUAAAGCAAGCGAACUUCAGUUCAAUAUUCUGGGAUAUAAAAAUUCUGAAAAUGAGAUUAGUUCUUCUGAUUGCAUAGACAAGGUUGCUUUACCAGAGAACAAAGAUUCACAGCACCUAGGGGAAGCAUAUUCGAAUGGUUGUGCCCAAUUUUCUGAUUCCGUUUCUGAUCCUGACAUUCCUCAUGAUGGGAGUCUUGUUCCUACUUCUGAGUCAACUGCUGCAUCGUGGAAAUGUUCAUUGGAGGAGUUUGAACAGUUGAAACUUGAGAAAGAAAACAUGGUGGUCGACCUAGCUAGAUGUACUGAAAAUCUAGAAAGCACUAAACUACAGUUGUCUGAGACAGAGCAAUUACUGGCAGAGGUUAAGUCCCAGUUAGUAUCUGCACAGAAGUCAAACAGCUUGGCUGAGACUCAGCUUAAAUGUAUGGCAGAGUCAUAUAAAUCACUUGAAACACGUGCAGAGGAGUUACAAACUAAAGUAAACCUUCUUCAGGCAAAAAUAGAAACUCUGGAUAUUGAACUUCAAGAGGAAAGAAAGAGUCAUAAUGAAGCUCUAGUCAGAUGCAAGGAUCUUCAGGAACAACUUCAGAGGACUGAAACUUUGGCAGCUGAGAUUGAUGCCAAGAAAAGCCAGGAGAAAGAGUUAGAGGCUGCUGCAGAAAAACUUGCAGAGUGUCAGGAAACCAUAUUCCUUCUCGGCAAGCAGUUGAUGGCUUUGCGCCCUCAGGCAGACUCCUUGGCAUCUCCACAGAGCGAGAGAAGUCAGAAGGGGGAAAGCCUUAACGAAGAAGAACCGCUUACGAUAGCUAUGGCCUUGAAUGAUGCCAAUCUCACAGAUGUAUCUAGUGGCUCACCUGCCAAUCACCACAAGCCAAACUGUGAGUCACCUGUGGAUUUAUACAACGCCGCCUCAGAUUCUGAAUCAGAUAACCCAUUGACUCACUAUUCGACCAAGUCAGGUUCCUCUUCAUCUUCUGGCCCAACUCCAGAAAAGCAAUCUCGUGGCUUCAGCAGAUUCUUCUCCUCGAAAGGAAAGAACAUGAAUUAGGCUCUCGGAGCUUUAACAGCAUGCUGUUCAUAAUACAACCCACACAAUAAAUUCUGAACUGGAGUCCUGUAGAUAAUCAAGUUGCUCUUCCUCAACCUCAUUAUAUAUAGUCAUCAUCCAAACCGGGCAAUCCCAUUCACCUGCAGAAUUUCAACAACCGGUGGGCGCCAAGAGUGACUGAUUUUGGAAUGUGCUCGUUGAGGAUAAAGGUACAAAACAAAACACCUUCAGUUCAUCAUGUGAAGUUGCAUUAGAAUUUAUGAAACACAUCUCAUCUUCAUGAAAGUUCCCAAUAUUUUAUCUUCUUGUCCUCAUCUCACUGGAUGCUUUAUGGUUACUGUGUGAUAGUUUCUGUACUAAAUGGCUGUAUAUGAUGUAUGUGUUUUCUUACCCCCCUCAUCUUGGUGAUGCAACUAAUAAACACUACUUUCUUUGAUUUA